AUGAUAUCUAGGUCAGCAUUAAGGUCAUUGAAAUGUUCUACUCGUCCAAUCCACAAAUUCAAUCCACAAUCAAAUAUAAUAGCUGUAAGAACUUAUGCUGAUCAUGGUAAAACCAUGAUUCAAUCUUUUCCAGAUCCUUCAAAAUGGGAAGAUUUUCCAAACCCUCAAUUGGCACAAGAUAAAGAUCCAUACAAAAAAUAUGAUGACCCACAAAAUAGAAGAAAUUUGAAUGAUCCAGUACACACGGAAGAGGACAUGUAUGACAUUUGGUCACCCGAUCACUAUGACUUUAUAUCAGAUUCACGAGCUUUAAAACAAAAUUUAAUAUUUUUUGGUUCAAUUUUUGGAAUUGCUUUUACUAUAUUAUAUUUUCAUUUAAAUCCAGACCAACAAGCAACAAAAGAUGUCAUAGCUGCAGAAGGGAGUGAUCCAGUUAGGGCUAAACCUACUUUCAAUUGGGAUGGAGAUGAUAGUUUUUCAAGGACAAUGAAAUGGUUCACAAGUAUAGGGAAGCCAAGAAUACAUCCUUCAGUUGAUGAAAAGGCUAAAGAAAACGGAGUCUUACCUUCUACAUAA